AUGCCGGGGUGUUGGCAAUGGCCGAACCACGUGACGAGGUGUUGGAUGUUCGAUGUCUGUGGCCAUGGGCUCUUCGAUGUUGAAGCCGAGUCGCAGAUACCGCAACAAGCGGGAGGAACAGGCCCCGGCGGAACAACAGGUCCAGGUCGACAAGCCAGAGGUCGUGCUUUAGAAUUAGCCCAACAGUUGGCUUCGUCGCUUCAACAUGCGAUUCCUCCACCACCGAGACCAGAUUUCACCACAGCAAGCGCGAUACUUAGAUGGCUACAGCAGAAUAAUAACUCCGUUGCACUCGUAAGUAUUUGA